AUGUCUAGCUAUGGCAAUUCUAAAUACAAUAAAUCAUAUUUUGGAUGGAAACACUUCCUCCAGUAUAAAUUUAACCAAACACCCCCUAAGAGGCAAAAACGCACAGAUAAACUCACUAGCUACGAGUCCAGAGACAAGCAAUGGCGGGCCUUCGCCGACGUCGUCGGCGGCAACGCUCAGGACGACGACGAAGAGAUCCAGAUCCCGAUCGAGAUCGCAUUCACUCGCGAGCAGCAGCAGUACGCGCUGGAGCUCGACCAGAAAGCUUCGAACUUGAGGCGAUCCAUCCACGAUCUCAGGCUUCGGAUCCCUCCGCCUCAUAUCUCGCAGCGAUUGCCUCAUCUCCACGCUCACAGUCUCGCCUACAACGCCGCCCUCGCUCUCCAGUUGAACGCUCACUCGACAACCAAGGAACAGGCGCAACUGAGAGAGGUUACCCUGCAAGAAGAGAAUUCUGCAUAUGAAAAGGCUAUAUCAAAUUGCCAAAAGAAAAUUCAGGAAAAGCUGCAGGAAGCCGAUUUGCUUGAGGCCAAACUAAAGCAAAUGGAAUUGAUUGAAAGGAAUUCAAAGGUUGAGUUGGAAAUGGAACUAGCCACAUUGGAGUCUAGUCAAUCAAGUGUACAGACAGGCAGUUCCAAGAGUACAGAAAAUUUUCAUCCAGAGAAUGAAGCUUCAAAAUAUGUUAAAAUGGAAGAGUUGGACGACAAGAAGAAGGAGCUGAGUUCAAUGGAAGAGAGGAUCCAAAGAUUGGAGGAAGAAUGGUCAGCUGUUCAAGAGGAAUCAAUCAAACAACCUUCUCCAGCUCAAAGGGAGAAAUUGUUGGAAAAACAGCUUCAUAGCCUGGUUGAACAACUGACAGCAAAACAGGCACAAGCGGAAGGCCUAAUCAUGGAGAUCCGUGCCAAAGAGAGAGAAGUAGAGAGAUUAAAUGGAUUAAGGAGGAGGAUUGAUGACGGAACCAGUGAUAUGAGCACUGCUAGAAGAAACCGCUUUGGGAGAAGCUCGGCAUUAUCAUUAGGAACUAUGGAUUACUCCUUGGAGGCCUCGUCGUCUCGAAGACAUGGAUCCUAUGCUGGAGGAAGAACAGAAGGCCAACAGAGGCUCAUGCUUCUGAGAUCUGCAUUUGUACUCUACAUCUUUGCUCUUCAUGUAAUUGUAUUUAUCAAGAUCUCAUUCUAAUUUUUUGUAGCUCGAGUUCUACUUAUAUUUAUAUGAGGAGGAGGAUGCAUUUGUACUCUACAUCUUUGCUCGUCACUUGUGCAAGUUUUUUUUUU